AUGCCGGACAAGGUGGAGCUCGGUAACGAGGGCAAGGCAGAAGGCAACCCAGAGAGGAAGCUGGAUGACACAAAGAAAUUGCAGGCAAGACGCUCGCUCAGAGAUCGCCUGACAAAGAAAAUAUUCGAGCUCGAGGAAGCCUUGCGGGAUGAGACGGCGUCCGACAGUGAUAAAUCCAGAAUAUGGAGAGUGCUUGAGGCAACGUACGAUGAAAUCAAAGCGUUGAAUCUCGCAGUUAUGCCACUCCUAUGCAGGCUGUCGCCCGAACAAUACGAAGACGCGAUAGAAAGAGUGUUCUUCUACGAGGAAGAAUUCUUCCGGAUCAAAGACGCGUACGAGAUAACGUGCCGUCCAGCGGUUCAGCAGUCCAGCUGCGGAGCUCCGGGAACGAGUAGCCAAGGGUUGGCACUCGACAGAAAAUAUCGACUUCCGAAAUUCAGUGGGGACUUCAAGAAAUACAGAGAGUGGAAGCAGCUGUUCGACGUUCACGUGCACCGCAAGCGGAUCGAUCCAGUGGAGAAAUUCACGCUUCUGAAGGAAGCUCUCGUAGGUCUCCUGGCGUCGGAGAUAGCACAUCUGGAGUUCACCGCAUCACAGUAUCCGGAGGCUAUCGCAAUUAUCGAGAAGAAAUUCGGAUGCCCCCGGGAGGCUGAGAAGGAUCACGUAUUCGAGAUGCAGAGGCUGUACAAGUGGAGGGACCUGCACCUGAACGAUAAGUUGUCGCGAUUUGUUUCGACGCUAUCUCAAAACGUCAAGGCUCUAAUCUCGUUAGGAAAAACGUAUGAGUCACUCUCGGUGACGGUUGCUCCAGGCAUACUCGCGUGCUUACCGAGCACGAUGAGGGAAGAUUUCACUAGAUCGCACUUUGAGACGGGUCUCGCGUGGGUCAAUGCGCCGACAGGUAGGAAAAUCUUCAGGUUCUUCAUCGAUAGCGGGUCAGAACGUUCGUAUAUCUCAGAGCACGUGAUCCAGUCACUCAAAUUGAAAUCGGUCCAGCAGGAGUGCCUUGCAAUGAUCACGAUAGGCGGCGAGGUCUCGAGUUACAAAAAAUACGACGUUUUCGACAUAGGGCUGCAGAGUCGGUUCGACGACAAGGCGGCGAUCAGGCUCCAGGCCACGGGCAUUCCGGAGAUAGCUAAAGGGGACUUCCCAGUCGCGAGCGAGUCGUUCGGUAUGUCUCCCAUGGCAGACAUCGGAGAAAACGUGAGAAGGCGCGAAAUCGAUAUUCUCAUCGGCGUGGAUAACCUCGCGCGAGUUAAGUGCGGUGAGGAGGUAGUAGUCGUCGAUGACAGAUUCGUUGCGAGUAAGACGAUCUUCGGUUGGGUGUUGGCGGGGCACAAUCAAGCUCCGAGUCGAGAUCGGCGGGCCAAAACAUUCGUGACUGCGAAUCUCUAUCAGCCGGGCACGAGACUCCCGGCCUCGAUGGUCGUUAGCAUGUUAGCGACGACGGGCAGGGAGAAGCGUGACUCGUUCAGCGAGUCGGACUCCAGCUCCGGAAAGGAGAGCGAUGAUCGACUCAAUGCGGAUCUGGAAAAGCUGUGGUCGUCGGAGCUCCUCGGCAUCGAGGCUCCGGAAGCGCCGUCCUGCGGCGAAUCGGAGAGCGCGUUACGUGAGUUUUUCGAGAACAACAUCCAGCGGUUGGAGAGCGGUCGAUAUAGGGUCAGCUUGCCGUUCAAGGAUAAUAUGAGGUCUCUCGGAGAUAAUGAGAACAUAGCGCGUGGGUGUCUCAAACGGUUCCUCGAAAAGAAUAGACAUAAAAAAGAGGUUAUUGACGCGGUGGAUAAGGAGAUGGAAAAAUAUCUGAAGAGCGGGUAUGCGGAACUAGCGGCACCGAGGAAACCCAACGAAUUGGUGCAUCAUUUGCCGAUCCUUCCGGUCAUCAAGCGGAGUCCAACUCAGAGCGCACUCAAGGUGCGAGUGGUAAAAGAUGCGGGAGCGAGGCGGAGGGACGAAGCGGCACUGAAUGAUGUCCUACAUGGCGGGGCAAAUUUACUGCCGGAUGUCAUCAGAGUUUUGCUUCGGUUUCGGCAUGAUGAGAUAGCCAUCACAUGCGACAUAGAGGCGGCGUUCCAUCAGUAUCAGAUUCAUCCCGAUCAUCGAACGUUUCUCAGAUAUUUCUGGCCUACGGGCAUAAGCGGAAAUCCGAAUGCUCCGAUCAAGGAGUACUGGAGCACGGUUCUCGACUUCGGGAUAGUUUCGAGCCCAUUCAUACAUUGCGCAGGAAUCAAGUUCCAUCUUGAGCAGCUCAUGAGAGAGCAUCCCAACAGGAAGAAAUUCCUAGAGGAUAUCGACCGUAAUUUCUAUAUGGAUGAUCUGGUUUUUUCGGAGAGGUCGGCGAGCGACGGUUUCGAGAGUUUCGAUUUCUUGUUUCGAGCGUUCAGCGCCGGAGGCUUCAGGCUUCGAAAAUGGGCAACGAAUAGCUCGGAAUUGGGUCUCAAAAUGAGGGAAUCGCUUCACGAUCCCGAGAUUCAGAUAUCAUUCGACCAGACCGAGGCGAAGUUCCUCGGCCUUUGCUGGAAUUUGCGUUCGGACGAGUUGUCAAUUUCCGUAGCGGCAGCGAUAGAGACACUCGGGACCGGAGAACCGACAAAGCGAACCUUAUUGAAGAGCACAGCCAAGAUUUUCGAUCCACUGGGUUUUAUUACACCCGUCUCGAUCAAGCCGAAGUCACUGCUACAGUCACUUUGGAAACAGAAGGUCGGUUGGGAUGCGAAACUCACGGGUGCGAACUUGGAUCAAUACCUUGAGAUCAGAAAAACGUUCGAACGGGCUCGAGAUUUUCGUCUGCGUCGGAAUCUAAACACGACAGCGCGCGACAUUUCUAAGAGAGAGCUGCACGUGUUCUGCGAUUCGAGCUUGUCUGCUUUCGGGUGUGUUGUUUACCUCAGAGAGGUGUCGGGCGAUAGAGGCGGCGCCAGAGUGUCGUUCGAGGCCUCCAGGGCGAGAGUGGUACCGCUCAAGGCGGGAUUUUCGAUUCACAAGUUGGAAUUGAUUGGGGCAGUUCUCGCGGCUCGGAUCGGGAAUAAAAUCAAGCAGUAUCUCAAUUUUCAUCUCGAUACCAUGUGCUAUUGGUGCGAUAAUCCGCCGACAUUGCACUGGAUCAAGGAUUCUCCAGAUCGGUGGAAAGUCUUCAUUCGGAACAGGAUCACGGAGAUCCAGAGCUUGUCGGACCCAGCGGAAUGGGACUACGUGAGGAGUGCGGAGAACCCGGCAUAUCUGCUGAGUCGCGGAGUGGACAUUACAGAGGAGGAAUUCAGUUCCAUGUGGCACUCGGGUCCACAAUGGUUAGCGAUGCCAGGCCGUCCAGCGGAGAAGCAUUCCUUGAAUGAGCACUUCGAGAUCAGUACGGUCGAAGCGCUCAAGGCGACGGAAAAAAUAUUGCUCAAUAUUCAGAGAAGGCAUUUUGGCGAGGAAUUGAUGUCUGAUUGCAAGGACGUGGGGAAAGAGAGCAAGCUUUUCAAAUUGGCUCCUUCCGUUGAUGAGCAAGGAGUCGUGAGAAUCCGUUCGAGGUUGGAGAGAGCCGAGGAGCUGAGUUUCGCGGAGAAGUUUCCUCAAGUGCUACCGGGAGAGGAUGCAGCAGUCAGGCUGCUAAUCCGUUUCUAUCACGGAAAAAAGUGCUUUCAUGUUGGAGGUGUCGCAGCGACACUCAGCAUCCUGCGGAAAAAGUACUAUAUACUAUCGGCGCGACGGGCGGUUAAGAGCGUGCUGAAAGACUGUAAAGUUUGCAUGCGAUUUCGGGUGGACGCAGCAAUGGAACCGGUCCCGCCGAUCCCGAACUUCAGACUGGAGACAGCUCCACCGUACACCGUCUGCGGAGUGGACUACGCGGGUCCGAUUGCGUAUAAGCACGAAAACGGGAACCUACGGAAGGGAUAUAUUAUUCUUUUUGUUUGCGCGGCUUCCAGAGCUGUUCAUCUGGAACUAGUUCCAGACAUGACAGCGUACGGAUUCCUUCUCUCGCUGCGGAGAUUUCUCAGCAGGUUCAGCGGGGUCACGAAAAUUCUAUCGGACAACGGGUUGUCGUUCGUUCGCGCGGCUAAGGAGCUGAAGACGAUUUACGAACACGUUCGAUGCGCCACGGUCCAGCAGCACCUGGUCAACCAGGAAAUAAUUUGGGAAUUUAUUACUCCCCAUUCGCCAACCCAUGGUGCGUGGUGGGAACGAAUGGUGCAAACAGUGAAACGUCCGCUCCGGAAAAAUUAUUGGGAGAAACGCGUUACGGUUCAGGGAACUCGAAACGAUUUUGAUGGAAAUAGAAUCUCUGGUGAAUCAAAGGCCGAUCACGUCGGUGCAACUGGACCCGAACGAGAUCAAUGCAUUGUCGCCAGCGGAUCUUCUUUAUGGCCACAGAGCGAAGCCGACUACUGCCGGAGAUGA